AUGGCCUGGAUGGACAAACAAAAUAUAACAGUGUUAAAAGAAUUCAUUCUCAUGGGAAUCACAGAUCGUCCUGAGCUGCAGGCUCCAUUAUUUGGGCUCUUCCUCAUCAUCCACAUGAUCUCAGUGGUGGGCAACUUGGGCAUGGUCAUCCUCACCAAGAUGGACCUCAGGCUACAAACACCCAUCUACUUCUUUCUCAGACACCUGGCUUUCAUCGAUCUUGGUUAUUCAACAGCUGUGGGACCCAAAAUGUUGGUAAAUUUUAUAGCUAAUCAAAAUAAAAUCUCCUAUAAUUGGUGUGCUACACAGCUAACUUCCUUCAUCUUGUUCAUCAUUAGUGAACUUUUCAUUCUAUCGGCAAUGGCCUAUGACUGCUACAUGGCCAUCUGUAACCCCCUGCUCUACACAGUUGUCAUGUCACAAAAGGUAUGUUGGGUGUUGGUAGUAGUUCCCUAUCUCUACAGUGCAUUUCUCUCUCUGAUGACUACUAUAAAGAUUUUUAUUUCAUCUUUCUGUGGCUAUAAUGUCAUUAGUCAUUUCUACUGUGACAGUCUUCCCUUGUUGACUUUGCUGUGUUCAAGCACACGUGAAAUUGAGUUGAUGAUAAUGAUCUUUUCAUCAUUUAAUUUAGUUUCAUCUCUUCUAAUAGUCCUUGUGUCCUACAUACUGAUCCUCAUGGCCAUCCUUAAAAUGAACUCGGCUGAGGGCAGGCACAAGGCCUUCUCCACCUGUGGAUCUCACCUGACAGUGGUAAUUAUAUUAUACGCAACUCUGUUCUUUAUGUACAUGCAGCCCAAGUCUAGUCAUUCCUUUGAUACUGAUAAAAUGGCUUCUGUAUUUUACACCUUAGUAAUACCCGCACUGAACCCCAUGAUCUACAGCUUGAGGAACAAAGAGGUAAAAGGUGCCCUGCAUAGGAUAUGGAAAAAUCUGUGCAAACUCCAUAUGUAA